UAAACAUGUGCCUCACGCACGCACCAACAGUUGCCACACUAUAGAGCUAGCCAGAGAGACCGACCAUGGCGGACGGAGGCGUGUGGGUGUUCCGGAAGGACGGGGUGAUGGAGCUGGAGAGCGCGGCCGGGUCGACGUCGAGCCGGAGCGGGCCGGGGAACAAGGCGCUGGUGUACGUGCCGGCGAACGAGACGAUGCGGUCGCUGCAGGCGCUGGAGCAGCGCCUCGGCGCGCACGGCUGGGAGCGCUACUACGAGAACCGCGAAGACGGCAGCCUCGACCUCAUCUCGCUCCCGCGGAACUUUGCGCAGCUCCGCUCCACCCACAUGUACGACGUCGUCGUCAAGAACCGAGGCCACUUCAAGGUCGUCGACCUCUAACAUCUGCUAGUAGUCUAGUACUCCCUCCGUUUCUAAAUACUUGUCUUUCUAGACAUUUCAAAUGAAUAUCACAUACGGAUGUAUGUAGACAUAUUUUAGAGUGUAGAUUCACUCAUUUUACUCCGUAUGUAGUUACUUGUUGAAAUGCCUAGAAAGACAAGUAUUUAGGAACGGAGGGAGUAGUAUACUCACGUACGCACCCACUGCUUUCCCGGUCAGUUAAGCUUGCAACCUUAAGCUCUGUGUGUAUGUUAAUUCACUAUACGUCUGGUAUAUCGUUGUGAGUAUACUAAUAAUAUAUUUCUUGUAUGUGUAUGGUAUUUUCCGAGUUCGUGCCCGUCUCAAGUACUAGAGGUGACAAGCUAUACUCGUGUUAUUUUAAAAGAGACAAGCUACUCGUUUUGAUUGAA